AUGAACAAACAACAAAUUCCAAUGAAACAAAAUCAAGUUGAAAAAAGUCUUGAUGAUUAUUCCUAUCGAGAUCUAUUUCAUUUUUUUAUUAAUCCAGAAUUUCACAUUGAUAAACUUCAUCUUGCCAAAGAAUUCAGUGCACGAAUGCAUUGUGAAGCAGCUGAAUAUAUGAUGACUGAUCAUGAAGAUAAUCCUGAUUUUCCAGAUCAUUUUACUUAUAUCGAAUAUGAUAAAGAAAAAAUGAAUCAAAGAUUGGAUUAUAUUUUUCAACGAUUAUUUAAAGAGAAAUAUCUCGAUUGGUGUGAUGCCGGUCAACCAGUAUCACCUGAUUCACGUUAUUGGUGGGCACAAACAAAACUUCAUUUAACAACUUAUUUAAUUCAACGAGAACCAUACCAUUUAACAGAUGGAAUUUGGCUGCGUGGUCUUCAACAAGGACCAAUGUCAUCAAUACAAGCAAAAUUAUUUUCAAUUUAUAUUGAUGAAUUAGGAAAUGGAGAUCCGCAACAAAAUCAUCCAAAUGUUUAUUUGAAUGUUCUCAAAAGUCUUGGUCUUGAUGUUCCAUCGAUUAAUUCCAGAGAAUUUGUUGAUCAACAAGCAAUUCUUGAUAUAAGUUUUAAAAAACCUCUUUUAACAUUAACAACAUCACUUUUUCCAAAAACAUUUGAACCAGAAAUUCUUGGUUACACACUUUGGCUCGAAACAACAUCAGCUGCUGAACACGCUGGUUUACGAAAAAUUCUUGAACGAUACAACUUAGAUCCAAAAUUUUCUCUUCUUCAUACAGCAAUUGAUAAUAAUUUGAAUGGACAUGGAAAAUAUGCACGUGAUGCUGUUGAUGAAUAUCUUGAUCAUAUUUACAAAACACAAGGUCAACAAGCUGUUGAACAACAUUGGAAACGAAUAUGGACUGGAUAUGUUGCUUAUGGAACAACUGGAACUAUUGAUGAUGAUCUUAAAAAAUUAUUUAAACAACAAAAAGAAUUAACACCACGUGACGAAUUUAUUCAAUUGAUUAAAAAGAAAAGUUCUUUUGCACAAAAAAUGCAUGGAUCACGACGUAUCGGUCCUCAUAAUUAUUUAUUAAAUGAAAUGUUUGCAUCUGGUGAUCCUCAAACACUUUGUGAUGAACUUGCCAAUUCAGAUUUGAUUGUUAAAGGUCAUCCUGAUAAAAGCAAAUUUCUUAAUCAUGCCGUUUCAUUUCAAGGACCUAUGUAUCAGGUAUCAGACUUUUUCUAUUUUACUUUAUUCUUAUUUAUCAAACGAUAACUAGAUCAAAACGUAACACGAAUACCUACUUUCUUUCUCAUCAGUCUCAUUCAUUCAAAUAAAUCAAUCAACCACUAUUUUCCACAAUGCAACUCAACUAAUCAGCAUUUUUACUUUCACUUUUCACUCAAUCAAAUUUCCAGGCACUGGAAAAUCUAAUAAUCAGGGUUUUUAUACCAGGCAGAUAUAUUUGGAAAGGUCUCUGUUCAAAAUAAGUGAGACUAUUGAGAACAAAAAGAAAAUGAGCACAGCUCACAACAAACAAGAGAGAGAAAGGAAAGAAAAAAAUUAUAAGUGGCAUAUGUUACAUAUCAUACGUAGAAAAUGCAUGAUGAUAAUACAUGCACGAGAAUACUGAAUUAAUCGUUCGACGACGAAAGAAAAGUAACUUAUACCCAUUGAACGGUAUCAUAUGUUAAAUCGUGUCUUUUUGUACUCCUAACAAUCUUAGUCUAUUCAAUAUUUAGAAAUAUAACGGUUGAAAGUCAGGUAACUGAAAGAGUUCAUUAUGAAAGAUAAGUUAAUGUCUAAUGAAAAUAGAUAAAUUCAUAAUAAUAGAAAGGAUUAGAUCUAUACGACAAACAUCAUAACCAAUUAGCUAGAGCAACACUACACUGUAAACAAUGUCAAAUAAGAGUAUAUAUAUAAUAGGCUUACGAGAUGGAAGGUAUAGAGUAGAGAUAUAGACUAGGAGACAGAGAUGUCCAUCGCGGCGCUGCCGCUGCCGCUGCCGCUGCCGCUGCCGCUGCCGCGGUGGCGGUGGCGGCGCGGCAGCG